UUCGCCCGCUAGAGUUUCACUGUUUGGUCAUUCGGUGUUUCACUCUUUCGUUUCUGCGUUAAACGUGUGGAUUCGAUCUCGCUAAUUAGCCUGAGAUAUGGCCCCCAGAAAAGGAAAGCAACCUACUGAACAAUCUCAGGUUCAGCUUGGACCUCCAGUAAGAGAAGGUGAAAUCGUUUAUGGUGUGGCGCAUAUUUUCGCCAGCUUUAACGAUACUUUCGUCCACGUCACAGAUCUGUCUGGCAGGGAAACUAUUGCCAGAGUGACAGGAGGGAUGAAAGUUAAGGCUGACAGGGAUGAGGCGUCGCCUUAUGCUGCUAUGUUGGCAGCUCAGGAUGUCGCUGAGAAAUGCAAAUCUCUCGGGAUUUCAGCCUUGCACAUCAAACUAAGAGCGACGGGCGGGAACAAGACGAAGACUCCUGGACCAGGGGCUCAGUCAGCUUUGAGGGCAUUGGCUCGUUCAUCGAUGAAAAUAGGCAAAAUUGAAGACGUCACUCCAAUUCCAUCGGACUCGACAAGAAGGAAGGGCGGUCGCCGUGGUCGCAGGCUUUAGAUUUUGUUUUCUUUUUACUAUUUUUUUACAUAACGGUCUUAAAUAUUUUUUAUUUGUUUUGGUCACCAUUGAAAAAUAAAUGGCCCUUAUGUGAA